AUGACGUCCCCCCACUCUCGUACUGUCAUCUUCUCACCCUCCCACUCUUCACCAGACGCCCCCAGGUUGCCACUUCGCGUUUCGUCCAUUCGACAGUCGCCCAGGAACCCUCCUGGGACUACUGGAGCAAGGCGUCCUCCUCCACCGACCGCCCCUCCUGGUGCAGGCUUGGUCUUUGCCAUUAUUGCCCUUGUUGCCAUCAUCUCAACCUUUCUCCCUGGCGGCCAUCCCGGCUGGGUCUUUACAUCCUCGACCAACCAGACAGCCGAGUUCAACAUCUGGCAGCCGGUCCACCUGCUCUACCGUGACUAUCAAGAUGUUCUUGUUCCCCUGCUUACCCCCUUUGAGUUGGACGGGUCCGUCCCUCUUCCCCGUCACCUGCCCUCCAUGAUGACUGCAUUUCACGAGGAGCUGUGGGAGAUCAAUCUACGACUAACCUCUUGGAAGGGAAGCGGCUUGCCCGGGCAUGGCACGGCCCUGGCUGAUCGCCUCAAUGUCUGUUAUACCGAGCUGCUUUCCAUCGGAGAUAGCAUAACUGACUUCAACCGCGAGGGCCGACUUCUUGUAGGCAGCUCGUCACCGCUUCUUCUCGCCGUCGCCCUCGACCAAGCCAACUCUAGCCAAGAGACAGCUGAAAAGGUACGAACCGAGCUUGAGCCCAUCCUUGAUCAGAUCGAGAAAGAUCUCCCGGCCAGCCAGGAUCUGUGGGCGUUGGAUUUACUCGAUGCCGUGCAGUUCACCCGCCAACACUACAACGAGUACAUCUUGAGGAUUAUCCCCAAGCUCAUCAGCCGUGCCAUCGCAACCCUCUCGACAAUUGACUCGACCGCUGCAGCGCAGCUAUAG